AUGUCUAAUCCAGAACUUGUUCAAAAGCAUUUUCCGGUAUAUUGUGUUUUAAGAGCGGCGGAAGAAUUAUGCUUAACGGAUCUAUUAGAAUACAUAGAGGAUCAUUUAUUAAAUAAUACGGAUGAAUUAUUAAAUCAUUUCGCAUUGAUUUAUAAAUUUGCAACCCAAGAUGAACAUUAUAAGGACUUUACAAAGUUACAAGAAUUUUGUUUAAAUGCGAUGGAAAGGGAACCUUCUAUCGUUUUUGAUUCUACGGAUUUCAUUAAUAUAGAUCAGGACUCUUUAAUCUCGCUACUUCAAAUGAGAUAUUUGAUUAGAAGAGAAAUUGAAUUAUGGGAUAAAAUCGUAGAGUGGUCAAUCGCCCAAGUUCCUUACCUUUCAUUAAUAAUUGAAAAUUGGUCCCCUGAAGAUUUUUCAAUAUUUGGUAAUAUCAUUUCACCUUUUAUUCCGUAUAUUAAUUUUUCUUUAAUACGACCAAAUGAAUUCGCUUCAAAGGUUAGAAUUUUUAGAAGAUCUUUUGGAGAUGAAUGCUACGCAAAAUUAUUGGAAUUACAUUUGUCUCAAUUGGACAUUGUAACCGCAACGCUCUUUCAAUCAUCACAGGAUAUUAAUUCAACCUUGAUUACACCCAAACAUGCGGCAUUGAUUUGUAGUUGGUUAACUAAUGAUGAAGAGUAUCAAUCAUAUAAUAUUCCUUUUGAGUUUAAUUUAUUGGUCAGGGGGAGUAGAGAUGGGUUUGGUCCCAAAAUAUUUCAUGAAAAGUGUGAUUUAAAGGGUCCGACUAUCACUAUUCUCAAGGUACUUCAUUCAGACGAAUUACUUGGUGGUUACAAUCCUUUAAAUUGGGAAGCUCAUCCCGAAGGGGCUUUUCAUAAAACGAAUAAAAGUUUUAUAUUUUCUUUGGGUCAAGAUGACAAACAUUCUUCAAAUUUAUCUUUAACCACUAUUCAUAGUAAGGUUAAGGAAACAAAAAAGGCAAUCUUUCAAUAUGAGGAUUACGGUCCUUGUUUUGCUUCUGAUCUAGCUUUGGUGGGAAAUUAUAAAGGACAUUGGGAGGGUCAUUGUUUAAAGAAAAAUUACGAGAAUAGAAUUUCUCCUGGCAAUUACGUUUUUUACGCUAGCGAUUACGAAGUUUUUCAAAUCGUCAGAAAAUUUCUUUAG